AUGGAUCAAAAAUUAAUGAGAAUUAAAUAUAAGAAAAAUAUUGUAGUUGUAGGAAGCACUAUUAUAUCCACCAAUCUCGAAAAUAUAAUGAAUUUCAUGGAAAAACAGAAGCGUAAAAAAUAUCUAGUACAACAAUUACACAAACCGCCUUGGGAACAAACACCGUUUUUCGUUUGGGAAACCUUCGAAGCAAAAGGUUGGUCAAAUAAUGAUCUGCCGAGAAACAAGUUUUUCUUGUGA